AUGAGAAGAUACGGUCAGAGCUCUCGAGAGCCUGCGUCCCGCGCGUGCCGGCCGGCCCGUAAUAACAACAGAAAAUUUUACGCUCCGGGACAAUGCGAUAUAAAAUUAUCUGUUAGAUCCAAUAAUCGCACGGAACAGUCGGGACUUAAUGCUGGCCAAUCAUUAGCUACGAGGGAUAACGGAGCCAACGGCCAGUGCGGCCCAUUAACGUUGCAAGAGAACUGCGCUCGGCGAUGCCCCGUGACCAAACGUCAAUGCAACAUCUACACUUCAUGUGCGUUUGUUGCAUCGAAACCGUCCCUGAGGCAUCCACGAACAAAGGAAUGA